ACUACUACUGUCACACCCUCUUCUUAGUUCUAUUAUUUCUCUACAACUUUGGUGUUUGUUUAUCUUGCUCUACCACCAACUCUUCUUCUUCUGCAUCCAUUCCAUCAAAGUUUGGAUUUUUCUAGCCUCCGCAUUCUUCUUCUUUCUCCUGUCUUAUACUUGUUGGGUUCUUUUCCUCUGUUUCAUUCUUUUUUAUUUUAGUCUUGGGAAUGGAUAACCAAGAUCAACGAAGAACUCACACUCUAGGGCACGAGAGUCAUGGAGUUCAUGUGUGUCACAAAUGUGGAUGGUCCUUCCCGAAUCCGCAUCCAAGUGCCAAACACAGGCGCGCUCACAAGAAGAUCUGUGGAACCAUCGAAGGUUACAAACUGUGUGUAGCUGAGGGACAGAACCGUUUGAACGGUUCGGAUGAUGAACAUGUUUCUGACGAUGAUCACAAAACACCAGGUCCAAACACUUUGGAUACUGGCAACAAUGAGAAGGGUAAUGAUGGAAAUGGAGAGAUAUUAAUUAGAUCAGAAGAUGAGGUUUUUUCAGAUGCAGUUGCAGACUUUUCGGAUAGUGGACUAAAUCCAGGAAUUAAGGAACGGUUACAAGAAGGUAGUUUGGACUCAGGUACCAAUGUGGAAAGCGUUGACAUAAAAGAUCCAAAAUUUUCAAGGUCUUCCGAAGACAAUGGUUUUAAUGCUGCAGAUGUGAGUCAGUUAAAUGUCAAGUCAAGCGAUGAUGUCCAAAUUCAAAAUCAUAAAAUUGUGCAAAGUGAAAGUGUUGACAUGGGAAACACAGUGGAGUUGCAAUGUCAAUUGUCAGACUCUAUUGUGGAUCCGAUAUCAAGUUCAGUUGCAGAUUUGGGGACUGGAGAAUCAACUAUUGUGGAUAGUGAUGAUUUUUUUGUUUUGUCAAGUGACUCAUAUCCCAGCAAAACUGAACUUAUGCCAGACGAAUUGCCAGAAAAAAAUUUCCGUGCUGGUGAAAAUGUGACAGAUUGCAGUUUGAUAUCUGUUGCAAAGGAGACUAUUUUGAAAGGAAAGGAGGAGAUUAAAUCAGAUAGAGAUGUGGUUGAAAUUGUGGACUCAUCUGAUAACAUUGUAGGUGAAACAUGUGAAGGAACUUCUAAAAGAGCUGUUACUGAUGAAAUUUCCUUGGAUCAUCAAGUGGGUCAUGGAGCUGUUAAUCUGAAGGAAAAGAACGGUGCUGAGUUCCUUUCUUUGCUGCCCCAAGAUGACCCUCUCGAGUUAAACUCUGUUGUAAUCACAAACGAUGCUCUGGAAGAGUCCGCACAUGUGGUAGAGUUUACUACUUCUAGUGAUGUCAAGAUUUUGCAGGAAAAGGAAGAAGGACAUGUUAAUGUUGAUCAACUUCCCGCAUGUGAUGAUAGACCUGAUGUAGCACAUCCUCAGACUGAGUAUGGAGAUAUUAAAGAUCACGAAGGAGUGGCAUCCCAAAGUCCUUUAAGCCUACACUCAUCUGAUUCUUUGAAACACGAGGAAGAUGACCUCAAGACUACUGUUAAUAUGGAAAAUAUUUUUCAUUUCAACACAAGCCAAUUGAAUGAAAAAGGUGGUGUCCUCUCUCCAGAUAUGCAUGUUAUGGAUAGUAACAUGAAGAAGGGGCUGGUCAACAGUGAGCCUAUGGCUGAAGAAAUGCAUGCUGAACAAUACACUGAAGUUUCUCCUUUCAAGCUCACAGUUGAAAGUUAUCAAGGAUCAAAUGAAAUCGGAGUGUCUAUGAAUGCGAUGAAAACUGAAAUGAAUGAGAAUCAUAUGGUUCACUUUUCUGAAGAGCAGGCACCUGAUGAUGUUCGUAAAAAUUCACAACAGAUAAGUUUACCAGAAGUUAGUUUAAUGUCCUCAUCAAACGACAGUCAGAGGAAUGCAUCCUUUGGGUCUGCCACCAGUGAAACAACUAGUGUAAUUAUCAUAGAUAAUAUAAGUCAUCAUGAGGAAAACAUAAAUGAAAUAAAUGAUGUAACAGUAGAUGUCGAGGAUGUAGGAGGUAAUGUAGAAAAUGAUAUUGAAAUUAUAUUGAAAGAUCUUCAUCCCAGUGACCUCUUGCAAUCUGAAGUCAAGCAAUCAAGUGACUCAUUCAAGAGUGAGGAUGCUGGUGAAAUGAGUAAAAUUGAACAAUGUGAUAUUAUUGAUGCUCAAUGUAGGGAAAGGCCCAUCGUGAGAGAUACUUCAUCGCCUAAUACUGCAAGCAGUCAGUUUGAAAGCCCAGUUAUUUCAGAGGUUGUACUUGAUGGGCCUGGAAGAAAGUCGAAAGGUACAGAGUGCACUAAAGUAGAAACACUAUCAGGUGCCCAGGAAGACAUAAAAGAAGAUGAAAUCAAUACCAACAUUAAACUAAAUGAGGAAUGUAGCAGAUCUGUUGGUACUUCCGCUGACUCACUUCAAGCGCAAGAAGAAGAAUUAUUAGUGAAGGCUGCAGAAGACCCUGCUAGGAAGUACACAUCACUUUCUUCUUUAAAUACUGAGCCUUCUGCUCAACAUGAUUCUGCUGCUGAAGAUCAUCCAGGAGGAGAGCCUGGUCGGGAUGGCAUUACCACUGUGCCUGUUCAAGAUCAAAGUGGUAAUAAUUUGGUUAAAUAUAGUUCAUCCGGGAUUGAUGCUUCACUUGACUCUGGUAGCCGGUGUGACAGUUUGGAAGGCAACUGGGGCUCUGUUUCAGUUCUCUCAAUGCUAUCCGAUGCACCAGCUGUUAUUGAUGCGGAAGCUUUACCAUCAACUGGUUUGCUGGCUUCAACAGAAGCAGGGAAAUCAAACUUGAACAACCUAAAAGCUACAUCUGAGAAACAGCAGUUUGGAAAAUCAGAAAUGUUUGAACAACCAUCUUUCAUGACAUUGAUUGAACCUAGACCCAUGGUUAGCCCUAAAGCUGCUGCUUCCGAAGCUCAGGAGGGACAGAACUCACGACAGCCUUAUUCUUCCACUUCUCAGGCUGGUUGGUUUCCCACUCUAACUCAGGUUAUGAAUGAGUCUCAAGGGAGAAAGAAGAGUGAAGAAAUAAUAGCCAAGGUAACAAACUGGAGCACUAGUAAGGAGCACACACCUCUGAAGAGCCUGUUGGGUGAGGCUGCACAUAGCAACAAGGCAAAAUCUCCCAAAAUGGAAGAAAAUUCAGUGAAUCAGAAGAAUGGUAAAGUUCCAGAGAAUAAUGGUUCUGGAUUGACAACUGUAAACUCAAUUCUGUGUCCUGAGUCCCCUGCAGCUCAAGUUGUGAAAGGAGAUGCUGCAAAAGAAUGGGACUCUCCAGCAAGAUAUCCUGCAGACAUCAAGAGAGAAAAAAGGAAAGUAAAGAGCAGACCAUUCUGGAUUCAUUUGGUAUGCUGCUCAGUAGUGGAUCCUCAGAGAAGAUAGAAUAAUGAAAAUGCUAGGUUGUGAUAGUGUUCCAUUCACUGCUCUCCACUCUGAUGUGCUGUUUGUGGUGCUGUCUUUUUUUUUUUUUUUUUUUUUUUCUGUCUGCCAUAGAUUUUAGGUGCAUAUUUUGAUCAUGUGUCUUCUUCUAUUGAUCUUCUUAGCCUCUUUGGAGUUUGGUUGUAUAUGUUGACCAUCUUCAGUUAUUAUGUUACCUCUGCAAUCUUAUUAGAUAUUGUUUAACGAGUCAUUGUUAUGUCUUGGACCUCUACUUAGUCCAGUGU